AUGCUGGCCGAUGGUGACUCUGCAGUCAAAGAGCAAGGCGACGGCAGCUCGAUUGGGAUUAGGUUUGAAGACGAUGUUGCUGAUAAGACGGAUGUGGUGAUGGAGCUUCCAGGGGAGACACUGCAAGUUGACGCCGCCGAGGGAGAUUUGCCGGGCGAGACGCAGGGGCAAGAUGCCUCUGCAACGCGGCCGACGCUGGUGAUGAUGGCUUGCGAGGCCCUGCUAGACUUGGACGAGGCUGGCGGACGGCCGAGACAUCGCAGCUGCCCACCGCCAGCCCUCGGAAAUAGGGCCAAGGAGGUCGCAGCAAAGAAGGAGGAGCUUGAGGAUGAGGCUCAGAAGAAGCGCAGCUUGUAUUUGAACGAUAUAGAGUUGAGGUAG